AUGCCCAAGUCUACUUCAGCGCAAAUGAAUUUCCAGACUUCGAUGUUGUUUCUGCUGUUUUCUACUUUAGGUAAGUCUCAAAAAAAGUUUGUUAGCAGAAAUACCUUUUUAAACUUGAGGUAUUCACAGAAACUGACAGAUUCGCUCAAAGAAUUUUUCGAAAAAAAAAAAAACAUGAAAAAAAUUACCGCGGUAUAUCUCAUAAAGAAAUUGAAAACGACACAAGCCUCGAUUCAAUGUUGCAGAUAAUAUUCAUGUAAGAUUCAGUAAGCUUCAGAAUUUCUGACUUUUGACAAUGCUGGGUCGGAAUAUAGAGAUACCUUGGAAAGGUCAUUUCCUAUCAGUUCCAUCAUGAAACCCGCUCCAAGAUUGUUAUAAUUCGAUCUUAGGAUAAAGUGCAACACAGAAUGAUAUUCAAAGAUUUCAAUUUAGCUUAGUUCUUGGUUUAAAGAACUCGCGAUGAGAAGUAAUAUUUGCAAAUACAACAAAGUUACUAUUUAAUUCUAACUUUUAAAAGGGGGACCUCGUUGAUUCAAUCUCCUAACUGGUUUUUUUCGUGUGGCAAAAUCUCGAGAAUCAUUACCAGCGAAAAGUAAAGAAUCUAUAUUGUUUGUAAAGAGGUUGCUGAAUUCAAAAUUAAAAAAGAAUUUUUCAAAAUUAUUCAUGAAAAAGACAUUGUCGCCAUGUGGUUUCUGAGGUUCAGCUCAGCUCCACAAAAAAUUAUUCGUAAUUAUUUUGUGGGGACGAAACCUGAUUGAGCUGUGCAUGGCAAAUGAGAAUUAAAUAGCAAAACUCCUUUUCAUAUUUUAUAUUUGCUGAUAGAAAGGGAAUCUUUUCUAGGUUUUAAACCGAAAUAUAGUCCUAGAAUCUAUGUAGCGACAGUUUAAAUCCGAACUAGUUGUAUCCCGACUAGAAAUUUCCAGAACUUUGAUACUCACCUUACUGGAGCAUAUAACAAUAAAAAUUGACAUCCUUAUCGCGUUUAAUUAAAACAUCAUGAAAAUUUAAUGAAUACAAAAGUGUUCCUUUUUCUCCUGGGUGCAAUUUCCCGAAAGAACUACAACCACUUGCAAAAGUAGUUCAGGCAUAUUACUGUGACAAGAGAAAAUUUUUAAUGUAUCACCUACCCUCUAUUGUUUGAUCUAACACCAAAUUCUCGGAGCUAAAAUUACGAGAAAUUUAUGGCUGGUGGUGAGGAUAAUUGCACGUUAUUAUGAUCUCUAUGAGGGGAAAGAGUUUGGUAUCUCUCUCUAAUUUGCGUUCUUGUUCUCUGUGUCAGUUUUUCAAAUGAUGGUUCAAAUAACUGAUGGCGAUAUCGGCUCCUGCAGUCUCCACAUGUAUUUUUAUGAAACCCGGAGCAGUUGUGAGACUCCUUUUUAUCGGAGACUUCAGCUUGGUCACACAGCCAACUGCAGGUGAGAGAGGCAUGUUACUUCUAACAAUAAGUGUUAUUCAAAGAGAGCCUUCUCUCCGAUUCUAGACUAAAGUUUAAAUCACCUAUUCCUUGUCGCAAAAGGGAUGUCCCUUUAUGAAAAAUAUUGAGGAGCUUGACUGUCUAAAGUUCGAAACGAUGCCCCCUAAGUGAUGUGCUGAGAGGGCCCUCUGAGAGACUAAAGCUUACAUCACCGCUUUCCCUCCCCCAGCCUUUCCCAAGAAAAGGGCCACCACAUGGAAAAUAUUGGGUAGUUCGUCGGAGGUUUGUUUUAAUAUCCUUAAGUAAUGUCGUAGAGUCUCGUAAAACAAUCCGUUCGCUUGCCCUAGGAGGGCCUAAAGUUUAUAUCACCUAUGUCAGCUCCCCCCAUGCCCCCAGCCUGUCCUGAUCGAGCUAGGAGGAGUCUCCCAUUUGAAAAUUAUCGGAAGGCAUAUCAGAAGUUUGAAUUAAUCUUCUGAGAGUAGCUAAAGUCUCAUUUGAUUUUUUUAAAGAUAAAAAACGAUGAGUCAAAUAUUACCGUAUCGUCCCAAACACUCGUCUUUGGAGACAGCCGAGCAUCAUUCAGAUCUCCAUGCGAUAGUGCUCCCCCCCCCCGACUCAUCUCGGCUAUCUACCCGUCUAAUUUCAUUAAAAAAAAAUCAGUGUAUCGAUCUUCAUAAAUAAAGAGACUGUAUUAAGCAUUAGGAAAAGGCUGUUUAAACCAGUCUGAAUCAAUUUUAAAUUUCUCUUGACAGUGAUAGUUUUGAAAGUCUCAUUAGUUGCAUCAAGAACGUCACUCGCGUUUGUGAACACAGUUGGCGAAGCGAUAAAUGGAUAGACAUGAACGUCAGAUUGAAAUUCAGGAGGCAGUUUUAUUGUCAUGAUGGGGCUUUGAUUCUUCCCAUGGUUUUGUGUAGGAGCGGUUACUACAGAAAAGGUCCGAAAUGCGUGCGAGAGUUCCAUAGGAAGUUUCGAAACGACACCAGUGACCCGUCGCUGUGCGAGUAAGUGGCUUUUAAGGAGACACUUCUGGGGGCUGAUCGAGCCUUAACGUUUCUUUGAUGGGUUGAAUUUACACCGAUCAUUGUCUGUUGAGGAGGAGAUGGUGCUGUCACGAGAGCGCACUAUGACCCGCUCGUCUCGAGGGAGUGAGUACUCCUUAGAAAGGCCCAUACUGGAAGGCUCCGCCCAAAUAAGGUCCUUUUCAAGGUUUAGGGAUGUAUAGUUUGAUAGAGAAACAUUUCCCAUCAAAACUUGUAUAUACCAGGGGAAGGAAUUUAACCUGCGGGUAAGGAACCUCCCCAUGUGAAACUCUUACAAGUCCCGAUCCCCCUACUCCCCACCCCCCUCUUGUCCCCCUCUGUCCGAUUGCGGUCCUGAGGCGAAGGUUGUUCUCGAAGGUCCUGGUAACUUAGUGGACCCGUAAAGCUGUUCUGUUUUUAUUUAAACCGGGGUCUCAAAAAAAACAUGGAUGCCAGAGCCUGUUUCUUUAUCCUUUGAAUUUUUAUUUUAAAAUAUGGCUUUGGGCCCGUUAAGUUACUUGGACUUUCAGGAAACGGGCCAUUGGAGCACGAGGGUUUUUCUCCGAAUUCUUCGGUCCUGUUCCCCAACAAAACUAACACUCACUUUGAAUUUCAAAUUGAUUUGACGGAAGUACGUGAAGAUUCGUUUCAUAAGCGCGCUAUUACCCGGGUCAAAUGUUUCGUACUUUUCCCAAAAAUGUUUUUUUAAAUUUUUUACCUAUUUGCAUUAAUCAUUAGCCCUUCAGGCAAGAGCAAAAAUUUCCAAUGUUUUCUCAGUAUUAUUUUCGGAUGAAUGCCUUUAUUUAAAAAUAAAAAUAAACCUCAGGGUAGCCCCGUCAGAAGCCCUAAAGAGCCACCUGCUAUCAAUGGGAGCCCUGCCCUAUUUUUUACUUUAAAUAAAAGACUUGAGUUCUAUUAACGUUCCAUUUCUAAUAUUGCAGCGAGUACUCAAAGGCUAAGGAUUGUAUAAAGAAUCUUUUAAACAUUGAAUGCCCUGCUAAGAAAGGCUCAGAAUCACCUCUCAUGAAGAUAUUAUUUGACGGCUACAAUCCCUUCUGCCCUAACAGAGUUUAUUAUCCUCCGACUACAGUUACAACACUCACACGCAGAACUCAGCAGAAAUCUGAAAAGGUACCGGGACCUACGAUCAAACCGGUCCUUAGCAGAAAAAAAAUUUCUUCCAGCGGUGCGUGCUGCAAUAAACUGUAUUCUGAGCUACAUCUACUGAUUCUUAUUCUCCUUGUGGAGCAAUUUUCAGUUCAGUGUCGAUAG